CAGAGGGGUGGUCCCAGCUGGGGGGGGGGGGGCAUCCAAGCGGUUCACCCCGUGCCUCCAGUGGUCCCUAACGAGGCAGCGGGAGUCGCAGUCGUACCAACCUAGCCAGCAGUAGUACCAGCCCUACCAGGAGCUGCAGCAGUUCAGGGUGCACUAGACACAAUGGUACAGGUGCUGAAUCUGUUGCAUGGGUUAGCACAGGCCGGAGCUAUACCAGUGGGUCCAGCAGGUAGGGGCGCAGGGGUAGCGGCUCCAGAUCCGGACAGAGCACAAGCUCAAGGGGUACAACACGCAGCAGCAGUGGCACAUCUCUUAGAUAUAGUUCCGGGUUUUGAGGCCUUCUCGAGGCCUGUUGCAGGGUCAGUGAUGACUGGUGAGGAACAUGCUCUAUUUUGGAGGUUGACAUAAAUGAAGCCUCCUGUGUUUUAUGGUACUGAGUCAGAGGACGCAUAUGAGUUCAUCAUCGACUGUCAUGAGCGGUUCUAUAAUAUGGGGGUCGUGGAUAAGUACGGGGUAGAGUUUGUGAUGUUCCAGUUCUUGGGUGAUGCCAAGCUUUGGUGGAGGGCCUAUGAGGAGUGUAGGCCAGCUGGGUCUCCUCCGUUGACAUGGGUCAAGUUUUACUCUGUGUUUUUGGACAAGUAUGUUCCACGUACUCUGAGGGACAGAAAGAAGAAUGAGUUUCCUACUAUCGAUCAGGGAAACUCGUCGGUUGCGGUGUAUGAGUCCCGUUUCCACUCCCUAUACCAAUAUGCUAUUCAGUUGCUGCCUACUGAGGGGGAGAGGAUACGGCGGUUUGUGAAGGGAUUGAACACUAGGCUUCAGUUAUCAACUCUUCAGCUUGUAGCUACUAGGGUUUCAUUUCAGGAGGUAGUGGAGCACGUACGUACUAUUGAGAGUAUUAGGCACGAGAGUCAUGCGAAACAUGUAGAGAAGAAGGCCUGUAAGGAUGGGAUUUUCAGCAGCUCUUUCUCAAGAGGUCAGAGUUCGCAGGUUUAUUCGGGGCCUCCGGUCCAGUCAGCGAUGCAGGUGUUCAGCGGUCAGCAAGGAGGCUAUACUGCUUCAUCAUCUUCUGUUCAGCGGCCUACGCUGGACCGUGAUUGCUUCGAGUGUGGUGAGCUAGGGCAUAUUAAGAGAUAUUGCCCCAGAUUUUGACAGAGUGGGCAGGGGACUCAGUAUCAGGCUCCCCGAGCUCCAUAUGCACCAGAUCGAGGGGGUAAGGAUCGCGCACCAGCCUAACCGAGGCGGUCCUCAGGCAGAUAGAGGCGGACAGCAACCCAACAGGGGCGGGGCUCAGAUGAGUAAUGGUAAAUGCAGUGGUACACAGGCAACAGGGGGGCACAGUCAUUUAUACGCCUUCCCAUGUAGACCCGAGCUGAGGUCUCCGAUGCAAUUAUCACAGAUUUUGAUAUAGAGACUGCUACUCAUCCUCACAUCUGGCGUGGAGGAGAUUUGCUAACAGAUUUAGGAGUGACCUUCUUCUCAUGCCAGGCCGCCCGAGGAUCUUCUACUUAUGAUGUCUUUUCUUUUCUGGACAUUAUGGAUAUUCAUUAGAUAGAUUUCAGUUCUUAGAUGUGUUUUGGCUUAGAGUCCUGUACGAUGACUUUUGGAUUUCGGGGAAUUAUUAAUAGUUAGAAU